ACGACAGCAAGAUGACUGGCCCGCGCACCCUGUACGACAAGGUCUUCGACAACCAUGUCGUCCAUGCCGACGACAACGGCUCGACCAUCAUGUACAUCGACCGUCAUAUCGUGCACGAGGUGACCUCGCCUCAAGCUUUCGAGGGCCUCAGCAAGGCCGGCCGCAAGGUCCGCCGCCUCGACGGUACCCUCGCGACCGUCGACCACAAUGUCCCGACUUCGAGCCGCAAGAAGUACACCGACUCGUCGAGCUUCAUCAAGGAGGCCGACUCGCGCCUCCAGGUCGUCACGCUCGAGGAGAACGUCAAGAAGUUUGGCGUCAACUUCUUCGGCAUGACCGACCGCCGCCAGGGCAUCGUCCACGUCAUCGGCCCCGAGCAGGGCUUCACGCUCCCGGGUACCACGAUCGUCUGCGGCGACUCGCACACGUCGACCCACGGCGCGUUCGGCGCCCUCGCGUUCGGCAUCGGUACGUCCGAGGUCGAGCACGUCCUCGCGACGCAGACGAUCCUCCAGGCCAAGUCGAAGAACAUGCGCGUCCAGAUCGACGGCGACCUCGCGCCGGGCGUCACGUCCAAGGACGUCAUGCUGCACGUUAUCGGCGUGAUUGGCACGGCGGGCGGCACGGGCUCGGUCAUCGAGUUCUGCGGCACGGCCGUCGAGAAGAUGUCGAUGGAGGCGCGCAUGUCGAUGGCCAACAUGUCGAUCGAGGGCGGUGCGCGUGCGGGCAUGUUUGCGCCGGACGACAUCACGUUCGAGUACCUCAAGGGCCGCCCGCUUGCGCCCGAGGGCGCCGAGUGGGACCAGGCCGUCGAGUUCUGGCGCAGCCUCAAGACGGACGACGGCGCCCACUUCGACACGGUCGUCGAGAUCAAGGCGGCCGACAUCCCGCCGACCGUCACCUGGGGCACCUCGCCCGAGGACACGGUCAGCAUCACGGGCACGGUCCCGGACCCGGCCAAGGCCGCCAACGACGAGCAGAAGGGCAAGAUCGAGCGUGCCCUCGCCUACAUGGGCCUCGAGCCCAAUCAGAAGAUCCAGGACAUCCCCGUCACCAACGUCUUCAUCGGCUCGUGCACCAACUCGCGCAUCGAGGACCUGCGUGCGGCGGCGUCCAUCGCCAAGGGCCGCAAGGUCGCCGAGGGCGUCUACGCCAUGGUCGUCCCGGGCUCGGGCCUCGUCAAGCACCAGGCCGAGCAGGAGGGCCUCGACCGCAUCUUCACCGAGGCCGGCUUCGACUGGCGCGAGGCCGGCUGCUCGAUGUGCCUCGGCAUGAACCCGGACAUGCUCACGCCCGGCCAGCGCUGCGCGUCGACCUCGAACCGCAACUUCGAGGGUCGCCAGGGCCCGGGCGGCCGCACCCACCUCAUGUCGCCCGCCAUGGCCGCCGCCGCCGCCAUCGCUGGCCACCUCGCCGACGCGCGCAAGUACCAGCAGGACCACCGCGCCGGCGCACCCGUCCCGGCCGUUGAGAUCUCGCCCGAGGCCGACCAGGCGCCGACGACGACCCAGCAGACGCCCGACGCGGCCGACGACGGCGUCGUCGAGUCGGCAGCUGCGCCCGAGGUGUCGGCGCCCGUCACGCAGGCCGCUGUGGGCAUGCCCAAGUUCGAGAUCGUCAAGGGCACGGCGGCGCCGCUCGAGCGCGCCAACAUCGACACGGACCUCAUCAUCCCGGCGCGGUUCCUCAAGACGAUCAAGCGCACCGGCCUCGGCGUGUCGCUGUUUGCCUCGCUCCGGUACAACGACGACGGGUCCGAGAAGCCCGAGUUUGUGCUCAACCAGCCGCAGUACCGCGACGCCAAGGUCCUCGUCGUCGCCGGCGGCAACUUUGGCUGCGGCUCGUCGCGCGAGCACGCCCCGUGGGCCCUCCUCGACUUUGGCAUCCGCGCCGUCAUCGCCUCGUCGUUCGCCGACAUCUUCAACAACAACAUGUACAAGAACGGCUCGCUGCCUGUCGUCCUCCCCGAGGAGCAGAUUGCCGUCCUCAUCGAGGACGCCAAGGCGGGCAAGGACCUCGCCGUCGACCUCCCCAAGCAGGUCGUGCGCCGCGACAACGGCGACGAGUUCAGCUUCGACGUCGACGGCUUCCGGAAACACUGCCUCGUCAACGGCCUCGACGAGAUCUCGCUCACGCUCGAGCACGAGGCCGAGAUCAAGCAGUACGAGACCAAGCGCUCCCAGGUCUGGCCCUGGCUCGACGGCAAGCAGUACCGCGCCAAGAAGCUCGGUACGCAGAAGUCGGCGCCGACCUCGACCGACUGGUAGUCGGCAGCGCCGACGACGACGAGGCGGUGGAGGAGGCCUCCUCGUGGACCGGGGCGACGAGUCUGUAUAGCAUAGCCGUGCAACGAAAAGCCGAGCAGUUCCCAGGCA